AGACGCGUGGUGACGGUGGUCCAGGCAGGUUGUGGAACUGGGGUGGAGAGAGUGGAAGGACCACAUUCACAAGACGGCGGAGAGUGCCGACUGACAAGUAUCUCAGACUUGUGGAUAACGUUUAACACUGUUGCAAGCGUAGUGUCAAAAUAUCGGAGCUUCCCGAUUUUCUCGAAGCUUAUGAGAAAGCGAUUCCAACUAACAACAUUGGAGGGAAGGUAGAGUGGAUUACGUUUUAGUGCGAAGCUCGCAUAUGCUGUGAAGCCAAGGGAUGGUGGAUGGAGAGCCAUGACUAAUCGUAAUCGGCGUCUCGUUCUUAUCCGUUGACAGCCACGUGAAUGCAAACUGGGUGCUAUUGACCCGUCAAAUGGUAAUGUAAUAACUCCGAUUAGGUAUUGGGUACUGGGUACUCCGAUUACAGCUAUUACUGGUUAUCAGCGUUGACUCACCUCAGUUGAAGAGGUGCUCUCGAACGUUGCACUACCAUGCGUGGUAGCCGUCCUCUAUGAGAAACACGAGGCCGAGUAGGUACAUUUAAAGGUCGAUGGUUCUGCAGACAACAGUGCAAAGUGUGAAAGAGCGUUGGUGGUUUUCUGACACAGGCAGGCAACUGUGGAUUACCGGGUAUCUCAACGUACCGUGAUGGGUUUCAAACGGUGUGUUGGCUUCAUGCAUGUUUGUUUAGUGUUUACGGUGGUAAUUAUUGUGGUAAAUAGUCAGGGACAGGAGGAUCAAGUGCAUCGGAUACGACAACGACGGGAGUCGGAGUCGCAGUCUGAGGACCUCCAGGAGGAGCAGUCUCACCCGUUACAGCAGUCUCAGCAGCAGCAGCUGCAACAUCAACGGGAAGAGCAGCAGGAACAGGAGCAACAGCAACGGCGGCAGCGGGAGCAGCAGCUGCCGCGUCAACAGAGGGAGCAUGAUGACGGACAACAGCUUCAACGGCAGCAGCAGGAGCAGCUCGACUCGCAGACGCAGGUGGAAAAUGAGGCUCGGACAUCAGUAUCGCCGUCGCCAACUGUCCAACCACGCAUCGGGCCUACCGACUCCGCAACGGAUAACUCUCAGCAGGAUCCUCACCAAGCUGAGACGGAUGGCCGACAGCAGAGGCUAACGGAAACCCAGGGUCACGACGAGGAGAUUGAUGCUUACACCACUGAGGUCGUGACUGAUGUUAGCCGGGAUCAAGAGCUGCAACAGGUAGAGGAGGGAGAAGACGAGGAAGGACAAACACAGACAGUGAGGAUAGAAGACGAAGAUUUACAGCAACAGCUAGAAGACGGAGAAGUGGUGGUCGAAGAGGAAGAAGACGAAGUGCUAUCGGACUUGCCGUCGAGCCUGCCGACCCUGCGCUGGGGCGAGGCGGCCACCAUCACCAAGUGCUGUCCGCCCGAGGAGGUGCUGGUCCGACAGACCGACGGCCAGCCGCCCACCUGCCAGCCGGUGCCGGCCGACCAGCGCUGGCGGCCACUGCUGCUCAACGGCCGCUCGGGCCAGCGCGUGGCGCCCAGCGCGCGCUCGGCGCUGGUCUCCGGUAACGUCAGCUGCGCCGGCCAGCACUUCUGGCUGGACUCGACGGCCGGGGAUCGGUUCGAGCUGCUCACCACGGGCCACCUGUACAUGCGGCGCGCCGACGCGCUGCUGGCGCCGCUGUCGUUCUGCGCCGACCGGCUGCUCUCGCGGCCGGAGCGGCCGCCGGAGGAGGCCGGACCGCCGGCGCCGCUGCGGGCCGGCCGGGCGGCGCGCGUCUGCACCCUCUCGCUGCAGGAGCGCAGCUCUCUGCUGGACGAGCACACGCUGUGGCCGGCCUGCGCGCGGCGCCGCUGCCUGCGCAAGUGCUGUCCGCGCGGCCUCAAGGUGCGCUGGCACGACCAGCUGUGUGUGCCGCAGACGGGCGAGCGGCCGUGGCGACCCGGCUUCUGGCAGCAGGCCGGCAACGUCACCGACUACCUGACCGUGGCCGGCAACCCGCCGUGUCGGGCUGACGACGGCUCCUUCCGCAAGGUGUUCGCCCUGGAGCCGGCCUACACGGACGACGACCAGUUCUUCCUGAAGGAGGACGGCCGUCUGUGGGUGCCGCGCCAGGAGGCCACCAUCCCGCUGGAGGACUUCUGUGUUGAUCAGGUGGAGUACGAGCACCCGCAGAAGCCGGGCGUCCUAAUCGACUAUCACGCGGCGAUCGUCUGUUUCGGCGAGUCGUCGGGCUCGGCGGCCGGCGCGCGCGUCUCGGCGGCCACGCACCUGUACCGCGCGCUGCUGCUGGUCUCGGCUCUGUUCCUGCUGGCCACGCUGGUCGUCUACUGCGCCGUGCCAGAGCUGCGCAACCUGCACGGCCGGUGCCUGCUCUCGCACGUGGCCGCGCUGCUGGCCGCCUACGGCUGUAACCUGGCUGCACAACUGGAGGUCGUCUACUCGAGCAUGGCCGCCUGCCAGGUCACAGCGCUGGUGAUGUACUUUUCAUUUUUGGCGGCGUGUUUCUGGCUGAACGCCAUGAGUUUCGACAUCUGGCUGACGUUCAGCCGGAUCCGCUCGGCAGCUCCGAACAGAAGUCAGACGGGCCGCUUCGUCAAGUACUCGCUGUACUGCUGGUGCUGCCCGCUGGUGCUCACAGCCGUGGUGCUCACCAUGCAGUUCGCGCCCGACUGGCUGGUGCCGCCCGAAAACUUCAUCAGGCCGCGGCUAGGAGAGCAGAGCUGCUGGUUUCCAGGGAGCCUGGAGAUGCUGGUCUACUUCCACGUCCCCAUUCUGGUGCUGAUGACGGCUAACCUCGUCUUCUUCGUGCUCACCGCCAAGAACCUUCUUCAGACCGAGAAGGAUACUCGCAUGGCCGGCAGGCAGAAGAAGGGCAUUGAGAAGUUCAAAAUCUACGUGAACCUGUUUAUUGUGAUGGGCGUGGCGUGGAUAGCCGAGGCGCUGUCCGUACACCUGGGACCUAAGGAGGUCUGGAUUAUAACGGACGUCUUCAACGCUCUGCAAGGCUUCUUCAUCUUCAUCUUGUUCACGCUCCGCCAAAACACGCGCAAUACUAUCCGCAGGCACUUCGCCUCCUCCCCGCUAUGCGGCCGCUGCUGCCCGUCCACCGUCCAUCUGCCGGGCUUCUCUUCGUCCCGCAAGACGGCGAGCACCUCCGUGCCCUCUGGGGAGGCUGGGGAGGCCUCCCAGCAGCACCGACAGCAGCAGGGGGAGGCCGGGGAGGGGUCACCAGCGCGGGAGACUGCCGCACUGUGCGGCACCGCUGCGGAUCCGGAGCAGGAGGAGGAGGUUAUCGGUAGGGAAGACGCAAGCUAAUUGGUCCGUUUAUUGAACUUUGUUGUUGCUUAUUUAUGUAAUACGAAGGAUUUAUAUUUUUGUUCAGUGUGGUUGAAGCGUCGAUGCUUCAAAGUGGUGAGAUUAUAAUUGGAAUCAUCAACUGAGUUGUUUAUUGUUUAUCGAGGUUGUUGUUUAUCGAGACUAGGCGUAGUAAA